UUGCUGGGUCCAAGUCACCGUGUCGUCUCCACGACUCCACUUGCUGCAGUUGCUGCUCCUGCUCCCUCCAAUCCCAUUACCAGUUUACUGCGCUCCUCUCCCUCCAUUCGGAGAUCGAUUGGCGGAUAGAUCUCGCCGCACCGGCUAACGCGGGGAGUAGGCGGGCGCCAUGGGGAACUGCUGCUCCGACGAGAUUGGUCACGGUGCCGGCCGCCACUCCGUCGGCCCCGCCGCCUCCGCCGUCGAGGCUGCCUCCGCCGCGGCCGACCGCUUCCUCCGCUCCCGCGGCGCCGGCGCGUCCACGCAGAUCGAGUUAUCUCUCGCUGCAUCAAAUUUGGGCGAUCAAGAAUAUUUCUCCAAGAGCAAUCCCAUGGUAGUUGUGUAUUCUAAAAAGAAUGAUGGAGCACUUGAAGAGAUUGGGCGUACUGAAGUAAUUCUAAAUUCAUUGAACCCAUCUUGGAAUGCAAAGAUCAAUUUGCAAUACCAGUUUGAAGUUCUUCAGCAAUUGGUGUUUCAGAUUUAUGACAUUGAUCCACAAUUUCAUGAUGUCAGUGAAAAGAUGCUUAAGCUGGAAGAACAACAGUUUCUUGGAGAAGCCAUCUGUCUUUUGUCCGAUGUUGUCACCAAACAAAACAGACUGUUGAACAUAAAGCUUGGUGUUUCUGAGCACAACUUACCAAAUCCUAGUAAAUUUGGUGAGUUAACUGUUCAGGCCGAUGAAAGUGCGGGUUCAAAAGCAUUAAUGGAGAUGGUAUUCCGCUGUUCAGAUCUCGAAAUCAAGGAUCUUCUUUCAAAAAGUGAUCCUUUCUUGCUAAUAUCUAGAAUAUCAGAGAACGGAAUGCCUGUUCCAAUUUGCAAGACAGAAGUAAGGAAGAAUGAUCUCAAUCCUAAGUGGAAGCCAGUGAUUUUGAACCUCCAACAGAUUGGAAGUAAGGAGAACCCCCUCGUUAUAGAGUGCUUCAACUUCAGUAGCAAUGGCAAACACGAUCUAGUUGGCAAGAUAGUAAAAUCAGUCGCCGAAUUGGAAAACAUGUACCAUAGUCAGAAUGGUGAAAAUUUCUUUGUUCCUGCCAACACCGCACAUGAUUGUCAUAGUAAGGAGGUAUUGAAGAGUCAGGUAUAUGUGGAGAAAUAUUUUGAGAACAAUAGACAUACUUUUCUAGAUUAUAUUUCUGCUGGGUGUCAAUUGAACUUGAUGGUAGCCAUAGACUACACAGCUUCAAAUGGAAAUCCGCGACUUCCAGAUUCCUUGCAUUAUAUUGACCCCAAUGGACGGCCAAAUGCAUAUCAGAGAGUAAUACUGGAAUUUGGAGAUAUACUACAGUACUAUGACCCAGCUAAGCGUUUCCCCUCUUGGGGCUACGGAGCUAGACCUAUUGACGGUCCUGUUUCUCACUGUUUCAACUUAAAUGGCAGCGCUUAUCAGCCCGAGGUGGAGGGAAUACAAGGAAUUAUGUCAGCUUACAUCAGUGCGCUACGGAAUGUAUCAUUGGCUGGUCCUACACUCUUUGGCCCGUUAAUUAGCACCGCUACAGCAAUAGCAAGCCAGUCACUUAUCAGCAAUCAACAGAAGUACUUUAUUCUGUUAAUAGUCACGGAUGGUGUGGUGACUGAUUUUCAGGAGACUAUUGAUGCGAUCAUAAAGGCAUCUGAUUUUCCUUUGUCAAUCGUUGUCGUUGGAGUUGGUGGGGCUGACUUCAAAGAAAUGGAGUUUUUGGAUCCAAAUAAAGGGGAGAGACUGGAAAGCUCAACUGGGAGAGUUGCAUCAAGGGAUGUGAUACAGUUCGCCCCAAUGAAGGAUGUGCAUGGCGCUGGGAUAUCCAUAGUUCAGUCGCUUCUUGCUGAGAUACCAGGACAGUUCAUGACUUACAUGAGAACAAGAGAAACUCAAGCAAUUAGUUAAUAUAUGAUGACAUCUGUUGGGCGGUUGUAUCCGGGCAAGAACUGCAAUAGGCUGCAGCUUGAAGGUUGUUGUUUCCGAAGGCCUGUUUGAAUUGUGUAUGAUCGGUGUAAAGGCUCAAACAUGCUUUUCAGAUGUAAUUCCAUGUUAAUUUCAUUGUGCUUCAUUCUGGUUAUCAGCUCUCAGGCUGUGAUUUUGUAGUUAAACGUGUUCAUAUCAGUUUCGGCCUCCCUGUAAUAUACUCCCUCCAUUCCAAAUCCAUUCCAAAAGUAGUGAUGUGUUAUUAGGGCUUGUGCCCUGUAUGGCUGUAUUACCCUUUCUUACUCGACAAACGUUUUCUCA